AUGAGUUUAUCGACGGCUCUUCGAGAUUUGCAGAGAGACCUAGAGAACAAGGCCAAUGAUCUCGGCAAAAUUCAGAAAGGCAGGUUCCCCAGAUUCUUUUCACCUUUCUCGAUGAACAUCGCGAAGAAUCACCAGCUGAGGAAGAAGUAUACGAUCCAACUCGGUGAGAACGAGCUCGUGCUUAAGGUAUGUCUCACUGUUUCCACUGGGUUUAGUGGCCACUUGCUUGCUCUUUGCUGGAAACGGCUUGAUGCAAUUCUCCAAGAUAUGGAAGAUCAACAAAAUAACAAGAGGGAAGUGGUAAGACGUUCUUAUCUGAAUGCAUUUCAUCCUGGAUACUAA